AUGAAGAAGAACAAACCAAGAAGCAAAAAAAAGUUACCCAAAGGAAGGGAAAGAUAUAUACCAACUCAAGAAGAAGUAGAAAGAAGAAAUGCAGAAAUUUCAAGAAAACCAUUUAAGGAAGAAUCAGAAGUGGAAUCAGAAGCGGAAUCAGAGGGAGGAUCAGUUUAUGUAACUGAUUCACAAGCUCAAAGCUCAGAAAAUGAAAAGGAUACUGCAAAAAAGAAUAAGGAAAAUUCAAAAAAAGAAGAAAUAAUAAAUGAUGAGAAAGAUAAUAUUAAUGAAUAUAAUUAG